AUGACUCUCGUCCAAGAGAAUCCGGUCCCCGUUACGGUCGUAAACGGCCAUGCGAUUGACUCGAAUGAAAUCAAAACGACCUUGAAAACAAGCGUUUCCCCUCUUCCAGAGACGAAGGUUGAGGCAAAAGAGGCAACCAAUUCCAAGCCCAAAUUCGCGAUUGAGGAACAUCCUAUCGAUCAAGUUCGCGAUAUCAAAGUCGGGAUAAUCGGUGCAGGUUUAUCAGGCAUCUCUGCAGCAGCAUUGUUAAGUGCAAAGCUACCUGGUAUCGACUUGACUGUAUACGACAAGAAUGCGGAUGUUGGCGGAACGUGGUUUGAGAAUACAUAUCCCGGUGUUCGUUGCGAUAUUCCUGCGCAUGUAUACCAAUCCAACUUCGCACCAAAUACUCAAUGGACCGAGGAAUUCGCACAGGGUCAUGAAAUUCGGGAAUAUUGGCAGGGUGUGGCUAAGAAAUAUGGUGUUUAUGAACGUUUGAAAUCAAAGCAAAGAGUCUUGAAAGUGGAAUGGUUCAAUGACGAAGUCAAAUGGAAAUUGACUAUUAAAGAUUUGAAUACUGAUAAGGUAUACGAAGAGAAACUAGACUUUGUCAUAUCCGCCAUAGGUCACUUCAAUGCCUGGAAACUUCCUGACUACGAGGGCAUCGAAUCAUUUAAAGGCCCGCUCUUCCACUCAUCAAACUGGAACCACAACGUCGAUUUGAAAGGAAAACGAAUCGCACUUAUCGGCAACGGCGCUUCCGGUCUGCAAGUUCUACCAUCUAUACAACCAAUAGGUAGUCACAUUGAUCACUACGCCCGCAACCGUACCUGGGUCGUGGACUCGUUCAAUGCAGCCAGCGUACGCAGACUUGAACCAAAUCUCAUCAGCGAAGAAGAUAAGGAGUCAUUCAGGGAUUCAGAGAAAUAUCUUGAAUAUCGCAAGAAGGUGGAAGCAGACUACUUCCGUCGGUUUGGUGUUAUUUUCAAGAAUCACCCUCAAAACAAGGAGCUUCGUGCCAAAUGGACAGAACUCAUGCUUAAACGAGUUGACCCUAGUUUAGUGGAUAAGAUUAUCCCUGAUUUCCCGCCUAAUUGUCGUCGUCCCACUCCGGGACCGGGUUAUUUGGAGGCUCUAUCGAAGCCGAAUGUGAGCUAUAUCCAGGACCGGAUUCAGAAAUUCACAGAAAAGGGAAUUGUCACUGUGGACGGAACCGAGAGGGAAGUGGAUGUCGUGAUCUGCUCUACUGGUGCGCAUAUCGACAUGGCGCCACAUUUCCCCAUAGUUGCGAACGGGAUCAAUUUGCAAGAGGCAUGGAAGCCCGAUGGACUCUACGGGUAUCCAUUGACUUACCUCGGAGUCACUGCGCCGGGUAUUCCCAAUAUCGCUUGGAUUCUUGGUCCGGCGUCCUCCGGAUUCAGUGGCACCGUACCCAACAGUGUCGAAAAUCAAGUAACAUACAUCGCCAAAGUGAUUCGAAAAUUACGCAGUCAGGGAAUAGCCACUAUAACACCUUCUUUUGAGGCUACAAAUGACUUCCAAGAGUACGCCGAGCAAUUCUAUGAGCGAACUGUGUGGACCGCGAACGACGAUUCAUCGGAAAGCAAUAAGAACUGCUCAUCAUGGUACAAUGGUGGUAUCCCUGGAGGUCGUGUAGUUGGUUUGUUCCCUGGUAGCGCAGCUGCUGUGAACUAUAUCCUGAGAGAUCCCAGAUGGGAGGAUUACGAGUAUACAUAUACGAACAAGAGUGGUAAUCGAUUCGCAUGGCUUGGGAAUGGGUGGACCACUCGAGAGAGUUUGAAUGAUGACAGUGUCAACUUGACGCCGCAUUUAAAAAAGACGGAUGAUAUUGAUUUGAGGACGCAUUUUGAGGGUUGGUGGGAUGUAUAG